UUUCUGUGUCCCUGUCUUCCGCACUAUGCUCGUUUUGUCAGGGUGUCAUUUGUUUGGCACAGUUCACAGGAUCAGCGUCCCGCAUGAAUACCAGAAGCUGAUGCAUGCAUUAUGCCUCGAUAGUCAUAGUAAAGUUACGUUAUGGAAGCCCCCGAAUAGAGAGACGACGUGAAAGAGGUGAAGUGAAUGAAAAAUGUCCCAAACGCAGAGGGCUCAUUAAGAGCGGUUGAGCUGAAAAUCAAUGUAGCGUUGCGCUCAAAAGCAGUGAAAACUAAGGCAUUUACUAUGAGCCUAACGAAACAUUCAUUGCGAAAGUCGACGAGGUACUGCGGUGCUUCGCUCGCUCGCCACGCCUAAGCGUAACGCGUGUCGUCCUUCCGGGUAGCCGAAAUUUCAAAGGGACGUGUCGCAGCGCACGUUCCCGUGCUUGGAGCACGUGCAGUUUGCCGACAGAAGCAUGCGGAAGAGAAAAGAAGACAGCUCACUUGCUCCGACGCUCAGUGAGUGCACACCGUUAGGACCCACGCCCGAAAAACCGGGUAGAGGUCAUUGGCGCACGCAUAUGGAGGGGAGGGGGUGGGGGGGGGGGGGGGGGUCGGCCUGUGUUUUUUUCACGCAUGGCAGGAAGACUCUUCAGCGAACACCUCCCCUCACCGGGACACCCCUUGCCUCCUCCUCUCUGGUCACGUGACCGCAGGCACCCCCCGGCGUACCCCCCCUUUGCAAGAGACCGACCGGGGCACCGCGGGCACAAGCCGGGCCGGCAAACCAUGACGAACAACCCAAAAGCAGCGGCAGCGGCGGCGGGCGCCCGGGCGCCCGCUUCGGAAGCGGCGUCGCCCCGGCGUCGUCAGCGGGUCGCCGUCAUCGGAGCGGGGGCCAGCGGCCUGACCGCGGUCAAGGCAUGCCUCGAAGAAGGCCUGGACGUCGUGUGCUACGAGCGCACCGACGUGCUCGCGGGCCUCUGGCACUACACGGACACCGUGGAGCGCGGCCGCGCCUGCGUCAUGCGCUCGACGGUGAUCAACUCGAGCAAGGAGAUGUCCGCCUUCAGCGACUUCCCGCCGGACGACACGCUGCCCAACUACAUGCACAACUCGCACAUGGCGCGCUACAUCGUCGACUACGGCCGCCGCUGCGGCGCCGUCGACAGGGUGCUGCUGCGGCACGAGGUGGCCGACGUGCGGCCGACCAGACCGGGCAGCGAGGACACCACCUGGACGCUCAGGGUCCGCAGGCUGGACUCCGAGGGUGGUGGUGACCGCGAGGAGUUCGAAGACGAGAGGGACGCCGUCAUGGUGUGCACGGGUCACCACGCGCACCCGCUGUGGCCCCGCUUCAAGGGUCUGGGCGACGAGCGCGGAGAGGGCCGGGUGUUCGCGGGACGUGUGAUGCACUCGCAGGACUACCGGACGUCCCGGGGAUUCGAGGACCGUCGGGUGCUCGUCAUUGGCGUGGGGAAUUCGGCUGGCGACCUGGCCGUCGAGCUGGGAGGCGUCGCUGAACAGGUGAGCUUAUCUACUCGUCGCGGCUCGUGGGUCAUCGGCCGCGUGGGACCCAGGGGUCGGCCAUUCGACGCGUACUACCAGACGCGGCUGCUGAAUGCCUUCAUCCACCUGCUGCCUUACGAGCUGAUCUGCCUCAUCUGCGAGAGCGCCAUCAACCAGCGUUUCGACCACGCCACCUAUCGGCUGAGGCCCAAGCACCGCAUCCUCGGCCAGCAUCCAAUGGUCAACGACGCCCUGCCCAACCGCAUACUGUCAGGCACCGUGUGCAUCAAAGGACAAGUGAAGGAGUUCACGGCGGACGGCGUGCUCUUCGAGGACGACCCACCGGGCGCCGAGCCUCUUCGCGUGGACGACGUGAUCCUCGCGACCGGCUACCGCGUCUCGUUCCCGUGCCUGGCGCCCGGCGUGCUCGACGUGUCCGAGGACAACCAGGUCGGCGUGUACCGGCUGGUGUUUCCCCCGGAGCGGCCGGGACUCGCGCUGAUCGGACUGGCGCAGCCCAUCGGUGCCUUGCUGCCCAUAUCCGAGCUGCAGAGCCGCUGGGCGGCCAGGGUGUUCGCCGGCAACGCGACGCUGCCCAGCGCGAAGGACAUGUGGCGGCAGGUGAACGAGUACCAGGAGCGUUGCAGGCAACGCUAUUACCAGGAGCCCCGACACACGCUGCAGGUCGACUGGAUCGACUACCUGGACGAGUUGGCCGAAGAGAUCGGCGUCAAACCGAACCUGGCACGGCUCGCCAUCAAGGACCCGCAGCUCGCUUACCGGUUGCUGGUCGGACCCAGCCUGUCGUACCAGUAUCGUCUGCAAGGGCCCCACGCCUGGCCCGGGGCGCGGGACGCCAUCUUGGGCUACGAACAGCGCGUGCGCAGAGCGCUCUGCACGGGACCCGACUUUACCGCCACGAGUGACGCACAGGGGACGCUGCUUACCAAGCCCAGCGUCGAGUUUCUGCUGUUCAUCACUCUAGCCGUGCUGUUGUUCUCGUGGCUUCUGUCCAGCGGUUUCUUCUUCCCGCAAUCCUGGUCGCCGCCUCUGCGUGUCUGACGAAGGCGGGACGACAGUGGAACUGACUCUAACAUGCGCGACAUUCUCGACAAAAAAGGAGUGCGAGAGCUAUUUUGUUCCUGUAAAGGGACUGUAACAUUAUACAUCUCACUCUGGUGCUGGAAACACCUUAUUAAAAAGAGACAACGCGUCCGAA